AUGAAGCUACUGUGGCCCAUACUCUACCUGGGUAGUGCCCUCGCCUUUACUAUCGAUCACUCCCAUUCUAAAAUACUUGAACUUCCUUUCGUUCCAUCUCCUAAUGACCUCAUAUAUGAAGUCACAUCAAGCUUCUCUAUCAAAUUCUCCUUUCAGAAUGGGGAUCUAUACGCCAAUGACCACCAAUUCUAUCCUCCACCAAUGACACCGACGCUCCAAGUGCCGCUCUAUGAAGGCGAAAACCAAGAAAAACCCCACAAGACUGUGGAAUUAGCCUACACGCUCAAAUCUCAAACAACUCACACAAACAAAAUGCCGACCGCGCCAGAUACGACCCAUGUACGAGUCGAGUUCCUUGAUCUGCAGGGUAACCUAGUAUCACCGCACGCAGUAGCCAUCAACCUUUAUGUCGAUCAAGAUGGAAAGUACAAAUCUGCCUCUUUCCGUGUCGAGCCAGCUCACACCGGCCAUCGAGACAAUCAUCUCUCUCAGGAGACCCAGCCGUGGGUUAUAAAGUACUGGGAUGGACGACUCGAUGCUAUCAAGACUACGGUGCCAAGCUCUGAUAAUGAGAAUUCAAUGGACAUGAACCGCGAUAUUGUGAUUCAUACUUUGCUGGGUAUCGCCACCGGGCUGGUUGGUUGUUCAGCUGUGUUCCUCAUAGGAUAUCUGGGGAGGUGCUUGUGGGCGCGCGUUCAAGGACAGAAAGAACUAGGCCGCAGAUCUCAAAUCAUAUCAGAGAAAGGAACGGUUUAUGAAAAGAUCCCUAUCAUUUCGGAAGUUUACGCCACAGACGAUUCGGAGUUGGAUGUAUGA